CUCACUUCACCGCCCUUAUACACCGCCCUUCCUGCUCGCCCGCCGACCCAGCUGAAUAUACCGCCUAUCAGACCGCCUGAUCAUACAAAGCCCGUUGAUAGGCAAAAUAUCUCACCUUCCUAAUCAAAGUACAACUUCUUCUCCAAACGAAACUUCCCUAUGCUCGUCGCAUCUCAACUGUUUUCCUGCCGUAUUUUGAUUUUGUAUUUCCAAGAAGCUCUGAAAUCCAACUGAGAAGAUUACCUCGCACAAACUGGUCUACACACCGAGCUACGUGUAGGGGGCCAAUACUUUUGGCCCCCAUCAACUCAACAUGGAUACCAAACCCCCAGAUCCAGUUGACUGGGGAGUAGACGCCGUGGUUAACUUCCUGUGCAACCCCCAGGAAGCUCCCUGGACUAAGUCUGCCACUUCUUCACGCCCAAAUCUCACUGCACUCGAGACUUCACUUCGUAAUAAUGAAAUCAACGGAGAAGCUCUACUUCAUGAUGUCGACCGGGAGGCCCUGAGGGAUGACCUGGGUAUCAAAGCUCUAGGUCACCGCAGUAGUGUCCUCAGAGCUAUUGAUUGGCUACGCGUUCGAUCCCCCAAGUACCAAACAUCAAAGCGGCAAUCCCCUUCUUCUAACCAACCUAUUUCAACGGAAAGCAUGUUAUCACCCAUCAACUCUCCACCUAUCGUGGGAUCUGUGGAUGUGAAUACACACUUUCCAUCCGUUGCUCCCGAAAUGACGCCAGUUUCCGCAGUUGCAGGAAUGACUGAGCCACUGCAAACCACCAAACCAAACUCUUCUUCCUCCGCCCAGCCUCAAUUAACUGAGCACCAUUUGACUGAGCAUCUCUCAUGUUCUGCUAACUCCCGUUCUAUCGCUCCUCCUGUUGACGCGCCUAGUCACAUGCAGCCGGCACCACCCGCAAGUACGCCAGGAUCCGCAGCCGCAGGCAUGAAAGCAAAACGUCGAAUUGCACCGACUCUGGUGACUGAGCCUGGGGAACAGCGAGUAGGAGAGGGGUUUUUCCUGGCAGAGGAGGUGUCCCUUUACAAUCAAAUGAGCAAUCUCUCAUCGCAUCCUGUCCUCGAACGCAUCAGAAAUACCUCCACCGAGAUCGUUGGUGAUGACGGAAGCGGGAAGGGCUCAGUUUCCAAGUCUUCUCGUGCCAAAAUCGUCGCACCAAGCACACCCUCGCUGGAGUCGCAUCUUUCUGCGGACAGAUCGUACAAACUAGGUGGGCAUGACUAUGACUUCUUGGCUCAAUUACUCGAGAAUCACCCCCCAGAGCCAGAGGGAAAGGAAGAUGACGUUCUUCCCCUCUAUGGUGAAUCGGAUGUCGAGUACGAUGAAGAGACCCAGCAAGAGAUUGAUGAUGAUAAGCUGGAUUCAAUGGCUGGUCUUUCAUGGGCUGAAUGCGAAGCCAUUGUCUCUGAUUUCAUUGCCAAAUACGAGACGGCUUGGAAUGAAAACCAUCUGCCAAAACACCGGCAGUAUGCUCAAGUGGUGUGGCAGCAGGCCCGGAAUGCUCGCACAGGGAAGGCUUACAAGUCACGCGUGUUGCGAACUCUAAAUGGACUUCGUUUACGACUGGAGACCCAAAAGAGCGCCCUGGUCGAUGUCGAAUACAGAUCCAAAACUGCCUUCCUAGCUGCAUGUAAGAUCAUGGACCCUACGCUGGAUCAACUUUGUUUUGAGAAAUGGAGGCUGGAAACCAUCGAGAUGGACACGUGUCCACCAUUUGUUCCCCCGCCCCCGAGAGUUUCUCGGCCUCGGAAACGACGUGUGGUGGAUGAAGAGGCGGACGAAGAGUCUGUGGGCUCAGAGUCCGAAUUAUCAGCCGAUGACGAGGCUUCUGGCAAUGAGGCUUCUGCCGACGAAUCCGACUCGGGAUUUCAAGGGGAUAUUCCAGAUCGACCCCAGAGAGGUCUCGUGGGACCCAUUCCAAGGGCAACAGACUUGGUCACUCUUAGAUCUGAUGACAGCGAGGAGGCCUUUGUUGCUAACAAAAGGCGCCGACUUCUGGGUAGUCAAGACCAUGACGAGGCCAAGAGCCAUAGCAGCCCGAGCAGGGUUGGUCCCUUUGCAGAAAUUGAAGACGGAGAACCUUACCCAGUUUCCAGCCCGGACCAUUUCUCUCCCUUCAAAGCAUUUCAACUUGACUCAUCCCCGCAGGCUCUACAUGAGUCUGACGCGGCAGAAGAUAUGAUAGUCGAGACACCGCCUCUCAACCCAACAUUGCCAGCUUCCUCUCCUCGAGAUGUCGACAUGGAGGAUGAUUUCCUAGUGAAGACACCUCCACUCAAUCCGACCAACCUACCACAGCCAACUUUGAAGCUUAAGCUGACUCUAUCGUCCUCCGAGCCGCCGUCUGGGAAUACUACCAAGGACACCUCCCUAUGCCUCCAGCCCCGGAAGACUCCUUCGCGAUCAGCGUCUCUCGACCAAGACAGCAGUGAUAUCAACAGCCCCAACAUGGACGAUAUUGACAUUUUCGACGAGAUGGUUCACAUGAGCUGGUCAGAAGUUGAAUCCUCGGGGAAUCGUAUCUGGCUCCUGGCUAAACACCUGACAUGCUUGCCACCGGAGGAGAACAAGUCCUUCGGGCCUUACAUGGAAGAACUCAUCGACCCUGUCUACAUGGAAGAGGUUACUGCAGCGUUGCAAGCGAUGCUCAAAAAUCAGUGGCAUCUGGAGGGCAGGACUGAAGAUAAGAGCAAACCUGCAAUGCGACUAGGUGCUUUCUUCGUAUCCUGGCACAGCUGUAAGAUGCUGACUGCCCGGGGCAUGGGAAGAGAGACACUUCAAAGAGCUCUUGAAGCCCUUGAAGAUGACGAAGAGUUGAAAAUGUUCAUUCCAUUCCUCCAUAGGCUGAAAAGGCUCUAUGUUUCGUAUCGAGCUUGGCUAUCACGACAAAAGUUCCGCAAAGAAGGACACGGCACGUAUUCCGAGUCUGCGGGUUCUGACAGCAACCUGCAGAAAAGGAGGGAAGAAAUCCGAAAGAGACGCCGUUCGAGACCAACGGGGCCACGACCGCUGAGCAACAUGCAGAAGGAUGCACAAGAACGACAAGCAAAGCAAGACCAAGCCCGCGAGCGCCUUAGGAAGGAACGUGAAAGUAAGGGCCUGAGCAACAGUGACCCAGAAGGGCAAGCUGUGACCUUCAAGGAUCCGGUCAUCUACUUACAUCCUCAAUUGGGUCGAUAUGUCAAGCCUCACCAAUUGACAGGCAUCCAGUUCAUGUGGCGAGAGUUGAUUGAAGCAAAUAACCAACAAGGCUGUUUGCUUGCCCACGUCAUGGGACUGGGCAAAUCGAUGCAGGUUAUCUCCCUUUUGGUCACUAUUGCCGCCGCCGCCAACUCGGAUAACCCCGAGAUCAGCAAACAAGUUCCCCAACGCUUUCAUCGGUCGCAGACGCUUGUCCUAUGCCCUUCUUCUGUGGUGCAGAAUUGGGUAGACGAGUUCGCUAUGUGGACACCCUUCGACAAUCAUCUUGGGCCAGUCCGGGAGAUCGCUCCUCGUGGCAGGAAUUACGAGAUCCCCGAGAGGUUGAAGAUAAUCCGUGAAUGGGACAGAAGUGGCGGCGUCCUCAUCAUGAGCUACGAGAUGCUUCGUAUCCUCAUCGUGAACAAGCCAGCUAGACUCAAUGAAGAGGAUCACGAACUUGUUCAACAUUGUCUCCUGGUGCGAUCUAAUAUCAUUGUCGCGGACGAGGCCCACAAGCUGAGGAGUGCGAAUUCAGCAAUCUCGCAAGUCGCCUCUCGUUUCAAAUCAACGAGCCGCAUUGCUAUGACUGGCUCACCGCUGUCGAACCAGCUUUCUGAGUACUACCAAAUGGUCGAGUGGGUUGCGCCUGGCUACCUGGAAGAUCCAGCGACGUUCAAGAGAAAAUUCAUGGAUCCGAUUCAAGCUGGGUCCUACAUUGAUAGUACCAGGUCGGAACAGAGAGAAAGCUUGGUAUCGUUGCAGCUUCUUAACGGCAUUUUGGCCCCUAAGGUCCUCAGAGCUGAUACCUCUGUGCUCGCUGCUGAUCUACCUGUCAAAACCGAGUUCGUUCUCACAGUACCUCUGACAGAACUGCAGAGAAACGCCUACAACACCUUUGUGGACUGUGCUCAAGCUGGAAAAGCGGAUGCAAGCUUGAAGCUCUGGUCAUGGCUGGCUAUCAUGCAAUUGUGUUGCAACCACCCCUACCCAUUCCGCGAAAAGCUCAGCGACCGUGUAAAACAACAGGAGGAUAAUGAAGGUCCGUCUGUUUUGCCGACAUCAAUCCAAGACGCUGGUCUUCCGGGCGAUCUGGUAUCUCGAAUGGAGGCUCUUUUCAGCAAGUACUCUGAUCUGCACGACAUUGCCCUGUCCAACCGUGCUGUCCUACUUGAUCAGAUACUGGACCUAUCCAUCAAGGCUAGGGACAAGGUUCUGAUCUUCACCCAGAGCAUUCCGACAAUGGACUAUCUUGAUUUUAUGCUGAAAAAACGUGGACGAAAGUACCAACGCAUCGAUGGCAGCACCCCCGGUCUCGAUCGCCAGGUGGCGACAAAGCUAUUCAACUCUGCUUCCGGCGAACACAUCCUCUUGAUUUCGACUCGGGCAGGCGGCGUGGGUCUUAACAUGUUUGGUGCUAACCGGGUGGUCAUCUUCGAUUUCCUCUUCAAUCCUAUGUGGGAGGAGCAGGCGGUCGGACGUGCAUAUCGCCUUGGUCAAAAGAAGCCGGUCUACGUCUAUCGCUUCGUUGCCGGCGGUACGUUCGAAGAGCUUAUCUUCAACAACGCAGUUUUUAAAAGACAACUUGCCGUUCGCGUGGUGGACAAGAAGACGGUUGUGCGUGAAAGUUCCAGGAAGCUCUCAACAUAUCUUACGCACGUGAAGGAUAUGGCUAGGGAUGAGGAGUAUGACGCCCGGGGGCGGGAUCCCGAGGUUCUUGACAAACUCCUCGAAGGUGAAUAUCGUGAGAUCAUUCUGAAGGCGACACUAUCCCACAUUCAAGACAAUGAGAACGAUCACCUCACCGAGGAGGAGAGCCGCCAGGUUGAAGACAGGCUCAAAUUGGAACGACUGAAACGGUCAGAUCCGCUGGCGUACAGCGCUGAAAUGAAGCGACGAGAUGAUGCAGAAAAGGCGCGCCAACAACAGAUUGCUCGCCUCAACGGUGAUCAACCCUUGAAUACGUACGAGCAGCGGAUUGAGCAAGCCGAACAGCAACAAUCUGUCACGAUGCAGUCGCAAUACCUUGCCUCUCUCAACCGUGGCCCGGUUCCGAGGUCCAUCGCCAACAAAUCGCCGUUGUCUGUCAAUAACACGGGCGAAGCACACCCUCCUCCAGUCCUAACUGGGCCCAACUCUACGAUAGUUGCACCUCACCGACUGCAAAUCCGUGCAUAUCAGCCGAGCUCGUUGUCGUUUGUAGCCACAAGCCCAACCAAACAAUCUAUGCCCUGGUCUGCGUACGCGCCGAGCUCCUCGUCACUGAGACAAGACAACGGCGGAGAUACUCGACUGGCCUAUGUGGUACCCCCUGACAAUGAGGUCAUUGUAAUUGACGAUGAUUCAACCCAUUCCACGCCGGUGAAGGUACCCGCAAAUCCUGCUGCAGACAACUCGCCCGUUUCGCCCACUCCAAACAUGCGUGGUGAUGUUGUCCAGAUGAAUACCAAGCAACCAACAACUGCCAAGCAGAAAGAAUCACAGGUGGCUAUGGUGCCUAGCCAAACCGAAACCCUGGACCUUGGCGGCGAUAGCUCCGCCGAUUCGAUCGACAAGAAUGUCGCGGGAACCGGUCACGACGAGGUCACCGAACCUCUUCCUUCAGUCGCUAACCAGGAGACCCCCUUGGAUGCCAGCAAUAACGGCACCGUGAAUCUCGAGGCGACUGGGUCACAGAAGAAAGCUGUUGCCACAGCGCUCGAAAAUUUCGCGACACCUCCAAAUCUGUCCAGCCAAUCCGAGGCGAUGGACAUCAGCGACGGCGCAUAGGUGGUUAGCAGGAUGCUCAGUAUCCUCCGUGGAACCUGCCAAACUACGCUCUUACGCAGCUCUCGCUUCUUAUUUGUUUUAUUAUCUGUGUUAAUGAUACCCCCUAUGCAUUUUCUUUUGUUGCUUUAACGUGAUCAACGAGGACGCGAUCUUACCUCUGCGGUGAAUCUUCUUCAAUUACCUCAGGUCGUAAGCAUUUUCAAUAAGUACGAAUAUCAAACAUCAGUUACAUGUUGAACCGCAU